CACCCAUUGAUUUACUCCACGAUAUACUUGAACAAUAUAAAGGUUGUAUUAUUAUUAUUAUUAUCGUUAUUAUUAUAUUAUACGAGCAUGUCAGAGACAAUUUCAUCAUCGCAGCAGCCGAUAAGUAUUACCGAAUUUACGCGCGCCAUUACGGAAUUGCACCAAGAUGUAUUAGAAUCCAUCAAGAAGCAAUUGGUUACUUCACUAACUAAACUCAUUCAAACCAAUAAUGAACUUCAAGACGAAAUCACAUCAAUCCGUCGGCAGUUAAGCGUGAAUGAUACUAACGAACUUGAAUUGGAUGAAGAUUUGAAAUUGUAUGCUGAAACCAUUGGCGAGAACAGGGUGGUUAUUGAAGAACAGAAGAGUAGAAUUAGUGCAGUAUUGAAUGAAUUGGUGACUCGUGGGUUAUUAAGUGAUGCCAAUAGGAUAAAAGAAGAAGGCACAAUUUUUAACGAAUUGAGUGUAAAAGAUGCGACAAAAAGUGUAGAUAUUAAAAAGGAUGGAGAUGUUUCUGAUGAUGAGAAUACUGUGACAAAGAAAAGUAAUGAUGAUGAUAAUGAAGCUAAUGAUGGAGGAAUAUAUCUUUAGUAACCAACAGUAAAUACUAUACAUAUCUAUGUAAUAAUACGUACUAUUUAUUCUAACAACA